CAGUUGACGCGGAUCCCUUGAAGGACGCGCAUGUGUGUUUCGUUACCUCCGUGUUCGCGUAGGAAGUUUUUUGGGGUUCUGAUGGCCAGAAACCGAUUUAAAAUUUUCGCUCAGUGUUCUAAAUACGGAUGGAUUUGUUGAGAAUUGUUUUUGAAAAAUUGGAAGAAAAACAAACUGGAGUAAAAUAAAGAGCUCACAAGUUUUGACCUGGAACUUGCCGGCUCAAAUUGAGAAGAAAUUGUGUUGACAGCAGCAUCAAGCUUCAUUCGAGUAAUUAAGGACACAAUUCCAACGAAUUUGAAAGACGUUCCCCACCUUCCGAUUGACACCAAUUAAAACUAAUUUUAAUCAAUAAUAUAGUGUUCGAAUAUAAUAUUUUCUCUGGAUGUCAUCAGCGGAAUGAACAAAGACUUCACAGUCAAUAAAUAGUUUACAGUUCGAAAAAGUUUGAUACAACAGUCACCUUGUUAACAAAAUAACAAUUUUCGUCAAAGUUCGACAGAUUGCAAGUGUUUGUGUGGGGAGCACUGAGCUUAGAAAAUGCGUGAAGGAUUUUCGCCGUCAUUAGCAUCAUCGGAAUCAUCUUCUCGUCAGAAGCCAAAGUCAUCAAUGAUGCCAGCAGCGAUUCUACUCUGAGAAGACGGCCGCCCUAACAAGAUGUCAAAGUUGACUGCUUCCCAGCAAAGUUUCUGCCUUCUGCUCAUCUGUCUUCUCAUCGUCGCCGAUACCAUUGUUCUACAUGAUCGGGAGUUCUGGUACGAGGAGGCGAGAUCGGUGAUCAGGAAGCGAUUGGCGGACAGCGAUGUGCUGCGAGGUCAGCGGGUAUCGGCCAAGAACGUCAUCCUAUUGGUCGGCGACGGAAUGGGCGUGUCCACCCUGACUGCGGCCCGCAUCUUCAAGGGACAACGGCUCGGUCAGUCCGGCGAAGAGCACUACCUCGCCUGGGACGAGUUUCCUGCACUUGCUUUGGCCAAGACAUACAACUUGGAUGGGCAGAUCGGUGAGUCGUCAGCUUGUGCCACUGCUCUGGUGUGUGGUGUGAAGGCUCGCCUAGAGACAGUCGGUCUGGACGCCGGAGGCCGCUUCCAGAAUUGCACCUCAAGUCUUCUGGCCAGGGUAGACUCGCUUGUCGAUUGGGCUCAGAGUCAAGGCAAAGCAACCGGCAUCGUGACCAAUUCACGGAUCACGCACGCCACGCCGGCUGCUCUGUAUGGUCACGCCGCGUCACGCUACUGGGAGGACGACGGGAAGGUCCCGCCGCCAGCCCGCAAGUCUUGCAAGGACAUCGCAAGGCAGCUCGUCGAAGAUGAUCCCGGACGACAUGUUAAUGUUCUGCUGGGAGGCGGUCGAAGACACUGGCUGCCGAAGGUGGCGAAGGACCCAGAGCUGGUUGCUGAGGAGGGGCGGCGACUGGAUGGCCGCAACCUGAUUGACGACUGGGUGCGCGACAAGAAGCGGCGCAACCUGCGCGGCGAAUACGUCUGGAACAAGGAGCAGAUGGACAAAGUUGAUCCGGCCAAGACUGACCACUUGCUUGGUUUGUUCGCAUACUCCCAUAUGGAUUUUGAAGCCGAUCGAGACGAUAAGACCGAUCCAUCACUUGCUGAAAUGACAAAAAAGGCGCUUGACUUUCUGCUGAAGAACCCUCGUGGAUUUUUUCUGUUCGUUGAAAGCGGAAGAAUAGACCACGCCCACCAUUACAACAACCCGUACCGGGCAUUGGACGAGACGCUUGUCUUGGAAUCUGCGCUGCUGGUGGUACUUUCGCUGGUGAAUCUGUCGGAGACACUGAUUGUCGUCACGUCGGAUCACAGCAACGUGAUGACGCUGGGUGGACUGUCCACACCACGCGGCAAUCCCAUUCUCGGCAUGGACACAAAGAACUCGGACAUAGACGGCAACGCGUACUCGACGAUUCUGUACGGCAACGGACCGGGCUACUCGGCGCCACGGGCUGUGCCGACCAACACGACGGCCGAGAAGAACGCCGUGCACAGCUCGGCUGUGCCCCGCCAGUGGGCCACUCACGGAGGCGAGGAUGUGCCCGUGUACGCACGAGGGCCUCUCGCGUCCGUUCUGUUCAGCGGCACCGUCGACCAGAGCUACAUUCCGCACGCAAUCGCCUACAUCGCCUGUCUCGGCGAGUACUCACAGCGGUGCGUCGAGAACCAGACUAGACCUUUGCAGACCUGUGGUCCCCCCGAAGUGAGUGGAGUGACAUCAGCCAGCGGACGCAGCAAAGACAGUCCUGCCGUCGUUUUGGCCAGUAGCGAAAUGAGUGACAGUGGAGCAAGCCAUGCUAUUCAAACAUACCAAUACUCCAGUGUGAAAGCCUUCAACUACUUCCUACAGUAUGUGGCACUACUGACAUUUACCGCAUUCAUCCACUACGAAAUAACCUGACUGGCUGUCUAAGCUGUAAUUUGUGAAGAAAUCUUCUCAAAAAAGUGGAAUUGAUUGAAACUAUUUGUAAAAACCAUUAUUUUCUCAAAAGUGAAAUUGGUAUGGAACAGUGUACAUUGUAACAUAGUUGGCCUGAUUUCUUGUACAGUGUAAAAUAACUUUCUAACUAGGUUUAAGGGUGUGUAUAAAUGAGUGGAAAUAUUACCAAUUUAUCUGUCUAUUUCUUGUGCGGAAGUGAUGUAGAUUAAGAAGACACAGUAAGAAUGCUUCAAGUAUUUUCUAUGAGUGACUGAGAGAAACAUUAUACUACAAAGUUUAUUCUAUAUUUGUGGUUUGUUGAAGUUUGCUAUAAUAGUAGUUGAUUUACGAUCACCGAACAAUUUCAUGACUUGUGUGCUCCAUUGAGAAAUAUAUUGUUACCCAGUGAAACCAAAGAACGCCAAGAAUCUUUCAUUGUUGAAUUAAUUGGUGUGUUGAUGACGUGUCAGAUUUUGUAAAUAAAGAAUUGCAUCAAUUA